CAUGUUUCCCACUCUAACACAUCAUCAGCAAGUCGGUCGCUCUGCUGCCGCCGUGUCAGCACCCAUCAGUUAGUGAACCUGCCUCAUACCCCGCCCUCUCAUGACGGCAGUUGUGCUAAUAAAGCCUCUUAUCAGACUGGCACACAUUUGUCUUGACACACGCCAAAACAUUACACAUGAAGUGAUUCAGAAAUGUGAGCUGACACUCGUCUGCUCUUUCAUUCCCCAUCAGCUCAGAGAGGAGCCCUGCGAAGAGCUGUUCUGUUGGCGCCGUGUGAAGGGAAGCGAUUAAGGAUGCCAUUUCUGGACGGCGUCUACUACCCCUUCGUCCCCAAGGGAACCCCAGCGGGAGCCCCGUCCCUGAUCAAUGCCCCUCUCUCCCACUUCCCAGCACCCAGCAUGACCCCUUCCUGUGGGAAGUCCACCAUCAUCCCCUUCCGUUUCCGUCCUAAGCUGGAGCGUGUAGACUGGCGUCGAAUCAACGCGGUGGACAUCAGUCAGGUGGUCAACAACCUAGAUGUGGACGCCCUUCAGGAGCUCAUCAGCUCCGUGACCUUCUGCUGUUUGGACGGCGAGCUUUGUCAGCGCUGUCGCAGCCCUGUGGACCCCGCCUUGGUCAAGCUGCUGCAGCUGGCUCAGCUCACUGUGGAGUGGCUCCUCCACUGUCAGGAGUUCCUGACGCUCAGCCUGAGAGCAGCCGAGGAGCAGCUGGAAAAAAGCAGCAAAGACAGAGAGGAGCUUCUGGUGUCACAUGGGAGGGAAAGCAACCUGCUGGUCAGUCAGAUGAAGAAGCAGGAGGAGCGGAUGAAGGAGAUGACGGCUGAGCUCAAACAGAGGAAGAAGAUCAUUUGCAACCAGCAGUCCAUGCUGGCCUCAUCGUCCUGCCUCAUCGUUCAGAAGUGCCACCAUUGUGACAAGUCCUUUCUCAACCCCUCCUUUCUCCAAAGUCACCUGCGGCGCCGGCAUCCUGGGGAGUACAGCAAACACAAGCUAACCAGCCAUGAAGAGACGCACAUAGACGAUGAGCAGAUGGAAAACCUCAAACAGGAGAUCCACAGUCUGAAGGAACAGAUCGCUCAGCAGCAACAGGCCUUACAAGCCAAGGCAGCUCAAGAAAAAGAGCAGCAGUCCAUUCAAAAAGAGCUGCAAAAUGAACUGGACCGCUUCAGAGCCGAGGAAAUGGCUCGCAUGGACCGAAAGAUAGAAGACAGCCGGGACGGCAUCCGCAGAGAGAUUGAGCUUCUUUGCACCCGCAAUAUUCAGGCCAUGAAUGUACUACUGCAGUCUGUGGGUCUCACUGUCAGACGGGCUGUUUACAGUCUUUCUCAUCAUUUGUUCCAGGACAUCAACCAAAAUCAGAUGGUGAAUCAUGAAGAAACCAAGUUGAAGAAGCAGGAGAGAAAAUGGAAAUCCAGGCUGCAGGAGCUGAAGGUUCAUCACGAAGCAGAAAAGAGUCACUUGCUGGACGAGCUGAGCAGGAUGCAGUUGUCCGAGUCAAAGCACAAGGAGAACAUCCAACAGCUGAAGGAGGAGAUGGUCACCAAACUGCAGGAGAAAGAUGAGAUCAUCAAGUUUCAACUGGAGCAGAUCAAGAAGCUAUCAAACACCAAAGAAGUUCAGGUUCCUGAGUUGAUCAACAUUACUCAGAAACCUCUAGAGAAUAAGGGCAGGCAAGUAAACAGAAAAAAGCUGCGGCAAGAACAGGAAGAAAUUGUUCUAAAGCGGCUAGAAAACCUCGGAGUGAAGCAUCCAUGCAGAGGGAUCAAGCACAGUGAGCUCAGAUCCAUUCUGGCCAGGCACCAACCAACGUGGGAAGGCUUUGCCAACUGGGUCGGUGGUGAGGACAGCAACGCUGCGCCAGAACCUCAGAGCAGAGCCUGGGGCUUGGUUCAAGGCCAGCCGCUGUCCUGCACUGUCCCCGCCCAGGUGUCCACUCCUCCGCUGCCUAAAACUGUGCCUCCAUCACCGAGCCUCCAAACUGGCCCCCCGCCCAAGACCCCUCCCUCCAACACCAAAGUCAGGAUGAGAGUCUACACCAACAGGAUUCCUCCGUUCAGUUCAGACGACGAAUCCGAGGACAAGUACUUGAAUAUGGACGUCCAUUAUCCAAAGCCCGAGAAGGAAAAAGAACCAGACACUGGUCUGUAUCAUGGAAGUCCAGCCAAACUCCCGACUUGCCCGAACAAUGUCAUCAAGAUGGGAUCGCCUCCCUGCUCACUCUCCUCCAUCCAACCACACUUGAGUGCCACGGGGACGGGUGAGGAGAGUGAAGAUGACAAGUAUGACGACGAGGAUACGGAUGAGGAUGGUGAAGAGGAAGAAAGGAUGGACGACGACUAUGCAGAGGACUCGUCUGAUGUCAGCAAAGACACGGACUCUGUCCAGCUCACUUACGUAGAGGACCUGAACCAAUGCAGGCUUGGUAAAGACGCUGAUAUACACGACCAACAAGCAAAGCUGGAUGCUGCCGAGAGGAAGCUGGCGUCGUGUUUCCGGGGUGACGACUGACGUCACAGAGAAAAGCGAUGAGACGCCGACAGUGACGUCACAUAAUUAACGCGCGUGUCUGAACCUUGUGAAUAUUUUGUAAAUUAGGUAGAUAUAAUAUUCUUUGUUGUUUUACACCAUUAAAUGUGCAUUUACAUUUGACUUG